AUGAUAGAACAAAUGCAAUUACGUUUUAAUGAAAAAUCACUGGAAAUAAUUAAAUUAAGUGCUUUAUUUGAAUCAUUUGAAUCUUUAAUUAAAAUCGUUGAAGAAGAUAUAUUGAAAAUUUGUUUAUAUUUUAAUAGUCUUGAACCAACCAAUGUUUGGAUAGACUUGAAUUCAUUUAAGUAUGUUGCAAAUAGUUUGAUAGAAGAAAAUGUAAAAAAUCCACUGUCAUAUAUUUAUAAAGCAAAUAUUGGGUAUGCAAAUUUGAAAAAACUAGCUGAAUGUUUAAUGUGUGUACCAGUUUCAACGGCCACUGCGGAGCGCUCUUUCAGUACGAUGAAUAGGAUUAUGAACAAAAUAAGAAAUCGAAUGGGACAAGAAACUUUGCAAUCCUGCAUGAAAAUUAGCACAGAAGGGCCCUCAGAACUCGAUGAAGAUACUGUGAAUGAGGUAAUUGAUUUGUACGCACGUCAAAAACAGCGCCGGAUUCGUUUAAAUUAA